AUGAGCCUCAACUUGCCCUUGCGGAAUUCACCUGCCAGUAGGCGGAAUCAGGACAGUCGGAAUUAUUUUACUAGUUAUACGCCGCCGAGCUCGACUGAGGCGAUUAAUGGGCCGGUGAGGGAGCAGCGUGAGCCGGUGCCAGUUAGUGACCGGCUGAUUGUUGGUGUGGACUUUGGAACAACCUUUUCUGGAGUUGCCGCCGUAUACACGUCUACCCCUGACGACAUCGAAAUCAUCAAGACAUGGCCAGGUGGCAAUGGCAUCACCUCCGACAAGGUGCCGACAGAAAUUGCCUAUGACUUUCCUGCCAAUUCCCCCCCAGGAGCAGAACCAACAUCAAAAUGGGGGUUCCAAUUCCGCCCCGAGGAAUCCCGCCUGAGGUGCAUCAAGCUGUUCCUUGAUAGGUCCCAAAAGCUACCAUUCUACGUCAGCCCCCUGGACACCGCGGCGCAAUUAAAACGGUUCAACAAGAAUGUCGUUGAUGCCGUGAGCGACUAUUUAACGCAGAUUUACAAGCACACCAUGGAUACACUGACUCGGCGGUAUGGCGAGUCCUUCAUGGCGUCCACCAAGGUCGAGUUUGUUCUUACUUGCCCGGCCGUUUGGAGUGAUGCCGCCAAAAACACGACCUUGUUGGCUGCAGAGCGGGCUGGCAUGGGUAGCCGUUCUGAGAUUCAGAUGAUUAGCGAACCCGAAGCAGCUGCUGUGUAUACGUUGAAGGCUAUACAACCAAAUCACCUCAACAUUGGAGAUAACUUUAUCGUCUGUGAUGCAGGUGGUGGUACUGUUGAUCUGAUUGCAUACAAAAUCAUGUCAUUGAAGCCUCUACGGGUGGAAGAAUCCGCUGUGGGCACCGGUGGUCUCUGUGGAAGCGCGUUUCUCAACUACAGAUUUGAAGAACACGUUCGGAAUCGACUGGGACAGGCACGAUUUGAUGAGAUGAAGACGAAAAAAGGAAAGAGUUGGCAAAUGGGGUUAAAGUACUUUGAAGAGUUUGUGAAGCGCAACUUUAACGAAGACGAGUACCAAGAAAUUAACGUUCCCUUCCCUGGUUUGCCAGACGAUGAAGAAGCUGGUCUCGACUCUGGCUUCUUGGUCAUGAGCGCCGAGCAAGUCAAAGACAUCUUUGAACCAGUGGUAAAGGAGGUAUGUGACCUGGUCCAGGGUCAAGUUGAAGGACUGCGUGCCAAGGGCGGCAUCGUGUCUGGAAUUGUACUUGUCGGUGGUUUCGGCCAGAGCGAUUACCUCUACCGACGACUAAAGGCGCACUUUACGAGCGCCGCACCUCCUCCGUACAGCGAACGACCGACUCACGCUACCGCCAGCGCGACGCAAGAGAAUGGCUCGAUAGAAGUCAUGCAGCCUGUAUAUGCUUGGACGGCUGUUGUUCGUGGAGCAGUUCUAAGAGGCUUGGAAGGAAACAUGGUCAUUUCGCGAAAGUCCAGAAUGCACUACGGCACAUCCUAUGCAACGGUAUAUGAUGAGGAGAAGCACUCUGUCAGUGAACGAUAUUGGUCGCCGCUGUGGGAACGGUGGAUGGUCUCGGAUCGGAUGCAGUGGCACAUUGCCAAGGGCGAGGCUCUGUCACCUUUAUCCCCAAUUGCAUUCCACUAUACUCGAAACUUCCGGCCGGGUCAGUCCCUCAUUGUGACGGACGACUUGAUAGCCUGCGAUGCCGAUGAGCCUCCAGCCGCUUAUACACGAGACUUGAUACAUGUUUGCACUCUAACGACGGACUUGAAUGCCGUGCCGCGGAGUCUUUUUACCCGUUUGACAACGACUAGGGGCGUUGAGUUUGACAAUCUCGACUUUACGCUUGAAAUGAUUGUGGAUAGUGCAGGUUUAGGAUUCGAGUUGAAGGUUGAUGGGGUGCGGUAUGGACGGGUGGAAGCUGAAUUUCAUUAA